CGACCACCACCACCUAGGCGUUGGCCUACCGCCAUCUUCCUCCUCCUCCUCCUCGACAAUAUCUACGAGCAUCAAUUCGAACACAAACAUAGGACGCAAAGCACUGAGUCGCGCCAGCAAGCGGGGGAAGUCGGCUGGCGCGAGAGGCAUGUCGAUAUCGAUCUUCAUCGGACAUACUGGCCAGUGUCUGCCACUCGAUCCCAGCAUCACCACCAACCUCGACGCAGUGCGCUCGUGGAUCGCGACGCAGACGAGCAUCCAGCCAGGCAGCCAGAUCUUGCUGACGGCGCAAGGCAAACAGGCGCGCGCACAGACUCUAUUGACCGAGAAUGAGAUCUUCGUGUUUGAUUCGGACUGGCUACAUGGUCAGAAGGAAGCGGGCUCGCCAAAAGGAGAGUCGACCGGAAGCCUCAGCGACAAUGACUUCCAGCCGGGUCCGGCGCCAGACACCAUCACGAACACGAACGAUCUGGCAUCAUGGCAGAAUCUGUUCAAGGUAAGGAGGCACUGGGCUGCCGCUCUGCUCCGGGGCUGUGGAUCGAGAGCGCAACUGGCGGAGCAGUUGCAGGACAGGAAGGCCGUGAUCGAGCGCAGCGUGGGCGUCGCUGUAAGAAGUCUUCGGCAGCACAUUAGGACUGCCGAGAAGCAAUAUGCGGGCGUCGAGGCAUGGGCGGCCGAGCAGCUGGAGGAGCAACAGAUACAUACGGACAAUUGGGAGCGCAAUCUGGACAGCCUACGAAGCAUACCAGCGAGACCAGAGUUUACACGUUUUGUGCAGCCUAUGACUCCUGUGUCGGGCUCUCGGCGAUACUCCCAGCAGAACAUCGCCACGCUGCAAGGCUAUGUGGACAUUGUGGCAGUCAAGCAGGCUGCAAAUGGCGCUCGAUCAUCCAUGUCUGCGUUGUCCUCCAAGCUAGAUAACUUGCGGGGAGCAGUCGACUCUGCGAUCAACAGCAGUAACGAUCUGUCGCGGGCUGUAGAGCAAAUUAACAGUCAUUCCACACUUGACGACAGUGCUUCUGAUCCCGCGCAGCUGUUGGGAGAGAUCGAAAUGGUAGUCAACAAGAUGGCGUCAGACCUAGAGCAUGUACAGUCCCUACCCAGAACGCCUCAAGCCUGUGCUCAAGCAUCCAAGAUGGCACUCCUACAUACGCGCAAUUACCUUCCUAACCUACAUGACUACUGCACCGAAAUGAAUGAGCUGGUACAAAAGUCCAGGCGUGAAAGAGACGGUGCCGCAGAGAUGGCCCGGGAGCAUAUGCUCACGCUCGCCAGCAUAGAGUCGCAACUUGCAACCCUCAAUCAGGAGAUCAAGGAUGUGGACAUGACCGAGGAGCAACAAGCGCCGUUUGUGACGCUGAGUAUCAUUUCCCGCUUGCCCUCUGUAUAUGGGCAUCUAUUGGUCGAGUCGGUUCGACGUCGUGAAUGGGUGGCAAAGAUGAAGCGAGAUUCGGCUACGCUACAAGAAGAGGUGGCAUCGUACCAGGAAGAAGAAGAGAAACGGCGGAAGAAGUGGAUGCGUAUAGUCGACGAUCUCGUUCCUGCCGAUGCCUUGCAAAGUCGCGUGCUCGGCAUCGAGCUCAGCCUGCAGAACGAAGGCGGCAGCUGGCCGAUGGUGACGAGAGAAGAACUGGCAGAGUACGUCAACACACUGCUGGACAUCUUCGGCCAGGGCCCGGUGACCGAGGAGAUUGAGCAAGCAAUCAAAGACCUCGACAAGCUCACGCGUAGGCAAGUCAAGCACGCGAAAGCCUUCAAGAAUGGCAGCAUGCAUGAGGCUGCUUUUGGCGACACAUCGCUGUUUCUCCGCGGCGACGACUCCAACAAAGCUCUGCAGCACGCCAACAUGCGACUGGAAGAAGACUUGAAGGCGCAAAAGAGCCGUGUUCGGAAAUUGGAAGAUUUGCUGCACCGAUCAUCUCAACUCAGCAAAGCCAGCACGGGAGACAUUUUUACGCCUACUAGUGACGGCGCAAUGUCACAUCGGGCGUCCACUCCGACGAUACCCAUGGGCACGCCUCAACCGUAUGAUGACGCGGGGCGGUAUAGUGCCAUGAAUAAGCGUCGGCACUCUUACGCACCAGGGCAGAACAAUGAGGAGAAGCGGCUUGCCAAGCGCGUGGUUGACCUCGAAGCCGAGUUGCAAGCGCACAGGGACGAAGCUGCAACCAGGAUGAACUCGUAUGCUGAGGUACAGAAGCAAUUUGAAGAGGCCAUGACCACUAAGAAGGACUUGAUGGCAAACAUGGAUGCCCAGCAGAGAGAGUUUGCAGUGCAAAGACGCAACCUGGAGCGAGAGCUUGCUGAAGCAAAGGAGAAGGCCGAAGAGGCGGAGAAUGAGGUCGAAAGACUUCUGGAACUGCGCGAUGGUGUCGAUGAAGAGAUAUCUCGGCUCAAGGAAGAUGCAGCGGGACAUGCAGCACGCGCUGCGACCGAACAUGAUGCACGCAGCAACAUGGAGCGUAAGCUCGAACAAGUCGAAUCCGCAAGGCGACACGCCGAGGAAGAGUUGCAGAAAGCGCGCCAAAGCGAGGAGCAAAAGCGUGAGGCCGAAGCAGACCAGCUCCGAUCCAUGGCAACUGCUCACACUCAUCUCGCUGCCCACGCAGAAGCGCCCAGCGAUCUCGUCGAACUGGCUACUGCACUUGAGGAGCUCGCGCGGAAAUCUGCUGCUCACGCCAAAGAUCUGGAAGAAGCGGUCGCGUUUGCAAAGAGCGAGAAUGAGUCUCUGUCGUCCAACAAUACACGACAAAAGUCAGAGCUUGCGGACGCGGCCAAUAACCAAAGCGAGAGCGAGCAAGAAAUCCGCCAAGCCCGAGAGAAGCUGUCCGCAGAGGAGGCGAGGACGAAGUCACUGGAGCUACAACUCGUCGAAGAGCAAGAGCAGCUCCGGUCGCUUCGUGACAAGUUUGCUGAGGGAGAGACGGGCUCUGAGGUAUUGCGCCACCGUGUGACGGAAGAAGAAGAACGCGUUGCCAAGCUGUGCACGGAGUUGGCAGAAGCGAGGUCGCUGAAGAACAGUCUGGAUGUGGAGAUUUCACGUCUACAAAAGAAGCUCCAAUCGUACCAGUUGACUACCGAAACCUCUACCGAGCGUCUGCACAAGCGAGCCGAGCGUGCGAAGGAAGUUUCACAAAAGUUGUACUCUCAGAAUCUUCGCCUCGUCCGUCUGCUUGAACGACUCGGCCUGGUCGUUACCCACGAGGGCGACAAGAUGGCAGUUGAGCGAGCGUCGAAGAUGGCCGCGAGCACCACCAUGAUUGACCCUGCCAUGCAUCUGAGUAGGCAAGUCUCGGCCGCCUCGCCAUCGCCUACGCGCAAGACUUCUACCGCCGAUGAUGAGCCCGCGGAUGACCUUCGAAUGCUCCAUUGGCCGGACGCCCCCGAUGCCGACGACGAGAGUGCCCAAUACGACGCUUUCCUGCACAAUCUUUCUCGCUUUGAUUUGGAUGUAUUUGCUGAAGCUGUCACGAAGCGUGUCAAGGACUUUGAGUACACGGCGAAGAAGUACAGCAAGGAAGCGAAAGAGUCUACCAAACGUGCGGAAGCAUACAAGGAGCGUGCUCUCCGGCUCAGAUCCGAGGCACACGCCAAGAUAGCGGUCCGUGACUUCAAGGAAGGCGAUUUGGCUCUGUUUCUGCCGACUCGGGGUGGCCAAGUCAAGGGCGCAUGGGCGGCGUUCAAUAUUGGAUGUCCACAUUUCUUCCUUGCCGAGAAGGAAAGCAUGCGUCUGGGCUCACGAGAUUUCAUUGUCGCUCGCAUUCAGAAGGUGGAGCAAAAGGCCGUUGAUCUCAGUGGUCAGCGUGCUGCAGCGCAACUUGCUGCCGAUGGCCGCAGCCUGGGCGAUGCCAGUGAUGCUGCUUCUUCCAUGCAAGUCGAGAAUGAUAAUCCCUUUGACCUCUCCGAUGGGCUGACCUGGUGGAUGGUGCACGCGGCGGAAGAACGAGGUGCUGGUGCCGCUCCGACCACUCCUGGGCUCGGGAAAAGUACCGUCAGCACCGCCAAUGUCGAUGCUAAAGGGAGCAUCCGUAUCAAGCGCAGUAGCAAGGGCGAUGAUGCCAGCAAGCAUCUCAACAAGAGCUUGGACUCUCGGCGCUCGAGCUCGGCAUCGAAGAAGAACAUUCCUGCCACAGCCGCCACUCCUCACGCCGAGACACCACGACAACGGUCGGAAAGCCAGGCAUCUUCCCUGAACAACCCCGUGCAGUCGACUCCGCAGCCUCGCCCUCUGCCCGCAGCAGCAGCCGCCGGGUCCGGCUUAGGCAUCACCAGCGAGCCUCAGCCACAUGAACAGGUGCGACAAGACCUACUCUGGGGACCAUGAUUGAGGCAUCAAUCGACGUGGUCUCAUAAAGUUCACCCUGGAUAAGACGAAAUCACAUUCUAACCACGCCUCACAGAUCCGUAAGCUGUCAUGGACCGCUCCGCCAUUUGGAGGAGGAGGAGGAGGAGGAGGAGGAGGAGGAGGAGGAGGAGGAGUAGGAGAAGAAGCAGAAGAAGCAGUGGGAGGCAGGUUUGUAGCUUCUGCUUCUUCUUCAUCCAACAACCACAACAACACCAACAAUAAGCCACGACUGCGUUCGCAAUCUCCUAGCAAAAGCGUACGAUCUCUGCAACGGCAUCUGGAAAGCCCGGCUGCUGCUGCUGCGAAGCCUUCCCCUGCGAAGAAAGGUGCGUGGGAGAGUAUCUGGAGUGCGGAGUUUUCCGUUCAGAGUCCGAGUAAAGAGAAGAAGCGAGGUACAGGAGGUAGUACGGCGACGGAUGGUUAGUGAUUACCCUUACCUUAGCUUAAGUAAAUGAUGAGAUUAUCCCAAAAGAGGUGGCAAUUAAU